GCGCAGCGUUGGCACCGCCCCUGACCGGGGGAGCGGCCGGUGGCGGGUGUCCGCAGGCAGGUGAACCUGACCGGGGCCGCCGUUCCCCGGGCCCGCUCCGGCGCCAUGACCGUCACCCGGCUGGACCAGGGGCAGCGCCACCGGCCGAGGAUGGCCUUCCUGAAAAAGAUUGAAGCUCUUAUGAUGGAGAUGCAGAAUCCAGACACAGGCAUCAAGACGCAGAUGCAGAAGGUGAUGGUCACCGACAUCCCACAUGCUGUGGCAGGUAAUGACAUAUUGCAGUGGAUUCUGCAGCGCCUGCAGGUCACUCAGGAAGAGGCACUCCACCUGGGGGACCUGUUUGUCAAAUAUGGAUACAUCUACCCUCUUCAGGAGCCAAAGAACCUCACUCUUAAGACAGAUGGAAGCCUCUACAGGUUUCAAACCCCUUAUUUCUGGCCUGCACAGAAGUGGCCUGCAGAUGACACAGACUAUGCAAUUUACCUGGCAAAGAAGAACAUUAAGAGGAAAGGUGUUCUAGAAGAAUAUGAAAAGGAACAUUACAACAUGCUCAACCAGAAAAUAAACUACAAGUGGGAUUUUGUCAUCAUGCAGGCCAAGGAGCAGUAUAAGGCAGGGAAGGAGCGGAAGAAGGUGGACAGAUACGCCCUGGACUGUCAGGAGAGAGCCUACUGGCUUGUGAACCGAACUCCUCCCGGCAUGCUGGAUGUCCUGGAGUAUGGAUUAGACCGUGUGACAGAUCCCAAUGAAAACAAGGUAAACCAGAAAAAAACCCUGGCUGUCUAUAGGAGAGAGAUCAUGUACUAUCAGCAGGCCAUCAUGAAGACCAGAGUGAAAUCUUCCGUCUCUCUUGGAGGGCUUGUGAAGUACUCGGAGCAGUUCCUCUCCAAUGAUCCCAUCCUGUCUGGGUGUCUCCCCAGCAACCCCUGGAUAACAGAUGACCCUGAGUUCUGGGACCUCAAUGCAAAGCUGGUGGAAAUCCCCACCAGGAUGCGUGUGGAGCGAUGGGCCUUCAAUUUCAGUGAGCUGAUACGGGACCCCAAAGGUCGGCAGAACUUCCAGCUCUUCCUGAAGAAGGAAUUCAGCGGAGAGAAUCUGGGUUUCUGGGAAGCCUGUGAGGAUCUCAAGUACGGAGACCAAUCCAAGGUCAAAGAGAAAGCAGAAGAGAUUUACAAGCUCUUCCUGGCUCCAGGAGCAAGGCGCUGGAUUAACAUUGAUGGCACAACAAUGGGCAUCACUGUCAAAGGCCUCAAGCACCCUCAUCGUUAUGUUUUAGAUGCUGCUCAGACCCACAUUUACAUGCUGAUGAAAAAGGACUCCUAUGGCCGCUAUUUAAAGUCUCCAGUAUACAAGGAAAUGCUGGCCAAGGCUCUUGUGCCACAACAGACUGUCAAAAAAAGCUCCCCUUUCCUGUUCGGGCGCCGCACCCUCCCCUCCAGCCCCAGCCCCAUCAUCCUGAGGCAGCGGGAGGAAGAGGCCAAAGCCAGAGAAGCCGCCACGACCGUGGACAUCACGCAGGUCAUGAGCAAGCUGGAUCGCAGGAGCCAGCUCAAGGCAGAUCCUCCCAAGUAGGCUCUGGGCAGGGCAGAGGGCAGGGAAAAGACGAGCCGAGGCUGGCGCUGAGCUUCGUCUCAUCUUCCUGAAGGUGUCAGUGCUGCUUUAGGUUUCCCAACCCGGCUCUGCCAGCAGCCUGCUUCCUGCACGUUGCCAUGGCUUCUGGAGCAUCAGAUGUCAUUUCCCAGGCAUGGCAGAGCCAGGCUGAUGGCUGGGCUGGACUCGGGAUGCAGGCACAUCCCCGCACACCUCGAGGGGGAGAUGCCUCUUGGCUGCCCUGAGCCCCCUCCCAGGUUGGGCAGCCCAGCUGCCUCUCCCUGUCUCCUGCUCCUGCAGGAGGUGGGAUGGCACAAGGCAGGGUAAAGCUCUGCCAUCCUAAUCCUUUGGGUUCAGACCAGCCUUCCUGGGAGCAGAGGUGGAUGAAGCCACACGGAGCAGGGUGAGGCAGCCCAUGUCGGAGCUCAUCUGUGCUGGUAUCCAUCCUCC